AUGCCCACAGCAAGGGACUUCUUUUACACGCAAUAUUUUGCCAAAAUUCCCAAGCCCGCCGCUUCUUUCGCAGAUAAGACUGUCAUUGUCACAGGUGGCAACCGCGGACUCGGCAAAGAAACAGUGAAGCAUAUUGUUCGCCUGGCGGCCAACAAGGUCAUUAUCGGCUGCCGCAAUGAACCACACGGUCAGGUGGCAAAACGAGAGAUUGAAGCCAUCACCAAAUGUAAACCCGACAUAUUGGAGAUCUGGGAACUUGACAUAGAGUCGCCUCAGUCAAUCCGAAGCUUCGUUGAGCGCGCCAAUCAAUUGUCUCGACUGGACGUCUUGAUCAACAAUGCUGGUAUCUCAGCCUUCAAUUUCAAGGUCGUUUACGACACGGAACGUACACUCGCUGUCAACAAUAUCGGGACGUUCUUGCUCGCCUUCCAGCUCAUCCCGAAAUUGAAGGAGACCGCUCGCAGAUACCAAGUAACACCUGUCAUGACUACCGUGGCGUCCGCUCUAUACGAUGCCGCCAAGUACCCCGAGAAUCAUGGAGACGAUCUUUUUGGUUGGUUCAAAGACCAGUCGCACGUGAAUAAGUUCAACCAAUACAAUCUGUCCAAAUUGCUGCAGAUAUACACAAUCAGGAAGUUGGCCACCAUCGUUGAUCCGCCCACGACGACCAAUGCACAUCCAAUUGUUAUUAACGCCAUGGAUCCAAUGUUCUGCAAAUCCGAUCUUGGGAGCGAGGUCAAAGGCGCUAUCAAGGUUGCCGGUGGCGUCUUUAGAUCACUCACCGCUCGCUCCACUGAGGAAGGAUCACGACUCAUUGUAAAGGCUGCGUCAGCAGGUCGGGAAACGCACGGCCUCUAUAUGCGUACCGGUGCCGUGCAAGAAUAUGCCGCGGUAGCGAAGGACGAGAAGAGAGCUACGUGGAUCACACACAUUCUGUUCGAGCACAUAAUAAAACAUGAUCGCUUGAAACUGUUCGAGUCCGGAGCGAUCGCGGAUGUGACACUGCGCAUUGCCGAAAAGGACGAAAUCCUGGCUCAUAGAGCCAUCCUUGGCCCCGAGUCAGAAGUGCUGAGAGAAUUGUUUUCUCAGAAAUCUCACUAUGAUGAGCACUUCUUUAUCCUCCUACCGCCAGACACCUCAAUGAAAGCACUCAAAGCCUUGGUGCGCUUCUGCUAUUGUGGAGACUAUCCGGGGACCGCUACACUUCUUGCGACUGUCAAAGAGAAGGCGGAGCUUCACUUUCAAGUUCAUGCCUUGGCUAAAACCUACAAUAUAAUCUCACUUUGCCGUCACGUCGCAGUUCGAAUCGCCCGCGACUGCAAAGAGUGCCACGCUCACGAGGUGCUUGAUUGGGUUAAACACCUGCUGGAUCACACCGAAGCCAGUAUCCGAAAAGCCGGUGUCGAAAUAUUGGACGAUUACUUGAAGCAAGAUGCCCGUAGUUACACAAGCUCUGAUGACUUCGUGGAUAUUAACAUGGGAGAUCCGGACCUGAACAAGCUACUGUUGAGCGCCAUCUACAGUAGGGCGCACGAUGACGGUGCCGACAUAUAG